AAGGUAUGGACUGACAGCAACACUACCAUAUCCAGUGAACUACCAACUUUGCGCACAACGAGUAUUUGUGCUCGCCCGUGUACGUAAGGAACAAGUGGCGAAAGCGAAUGAACGAGUUGUGGGUGGGUGGUGAGAGUCGGUCAGGUGGAAACGACGUUGGGACAGGAAAUAAAUGAGCUUUUGGAUGUUUUUGUGCUCUCCGUGCACUCCCCCUUAUGUAUAUUUUCAUUUUCAUUCAGGGCAGAAGGCGCUACACUUAAACAACCGCACUGUGAACGUGCACUGUAUUAUAUGGACUUGUACACACAAUAGAAUAUUCAUACAUUCGUAUGUAUAUACAUAAGUAUGUAAAAAGAUACGAUGGGUUAAGUAAAAAGGCAGCAAGGCAGGCAGGCUGUCAGGCCAGAACAUAUACAGACGAGCGCGUAUAGCACACGGAGAAAAAGUGUACGCGCAGCACGCAAAAUUAUAAAAAAGAAAAUACAAAAUAAUAGAAUAAUCUUCGAAAGCGAAAAACAGACGAAAUAUUAAUCUUUCGGUUAAAUAAAUAAAUAGAGGCUAAUUACUGCUCAGCACAUUACAGACGAGUCAGGCAGUUUGUGGACAUACUUAAAUUUUUUCUUCACGAGUUUUCUAUGAUUUUAUGAAAUUUAUUGAAAAUUGGAGCAUCGCACAAAAAUAGAUAAAGUACGCGUACAGAAAAAAUUCGUGUGUACGUGUGUUGUUCACACAUUUGGAAAAAAUAUUAUAAAACGAAAAGUGGAAACCAAAAAAAAAAACAAAAACAAAAACAAAGAGAAGAUUUAGAAAAAAACUCUAAUAAUUCUAAAAAUCAGGCAGCAACAUUAGUUAACAUUUGUACGAACAGCAGCACAUCAAGUCGACACACACCCACAUAUACAGUUAUACGGGCAACCGUAUGCACAGAUAAAGUUCAUAAAUACAUACAUACAUACAUAUGUACAUACGUAUGUAUCUCUGGUGGAUGCAGUUAAGGCUAUGAAACUAGUGAAGUGAUUAGUUUUAGUAAUUGGAAAAUCAGUAUUUUUCAAUUUGAAGUUUGCAUUAUCGAGCACAAAUGUUAAAGUAGCUUUAAAGUGCACGAAAUUAUAAGUAUUGGUGGACCCGCAGAUUGGCGCUGGAUGCAAGUGAGCAACAGCAAAACCAGUUGGUUGGAGAAUAAAUAGCUUAAUACAGAUUUAUCAAGAAAGCAACUGCAGCCAUACUCAGCGCAGCGCUGAUAAAAACGAUAAAGGCACUUCUAAAAGUAUCGGUGCAAAAUCUAGAGAGCUCCUACCGCAAUUUUGGAUCCAUCCAAACUCGCUCGUGCUGUCUGUAAUUACUGCUGGCGCUCGGUGCUCGGUGCUCUCUAGUUUUUCAUGCAAUACUUCGAAUUUAGAGGACAUUUUUUGUUGUUGUAUAUUUCAUGUAGCAGCAAGGGCAUGCCAACUAAAUAUUUCCAGCAGUAAUGCAAUUAUUGCACUGCACUAUUUUGUGAUAAGAAUUACGCUGUUCGGUGCAAGUGCUUUUAUUCGGUGACGGGUUGCAUUCAAAAUCAAUACAAGUCCCUCAAGCAGGUGCUGCCAUAGCAUUUCGACGCAUCCGGUUGUGGUGGCGUCAAAUCCACUUGCUCCAAAGCAACACAGCAGCAGCCUUUUCCGCUUUUAGCAACACAUAAGGCAGAUGCCAUACUGCUCCAGCAAAAACCAGCUUGCGUCUUCCAUACACAUAUUAUACACAUAUGUAUGGUAUAUGCAUGUGUAUAUACAUACAUAUAUAUCUAUGUAUGUAUAUAUACUUACAUAUGUGCAUACCAUAAAUGCCUAAAUUAUGAUUAAUUCAUUCGCAGCGUCAAGCAUCUUCCGAGCAACAUUUCCAUUUCAUCAUCUUCGUCGGGUGCUUUGCGCUUGGUCAUCAUUGCCUGCCGCUUCUCGUGGCUUUCGUGUCAUUUCGCUCGCCUUAAUAGCCUUUUCUGUGUGUUUUUGUUUUGCUAUGCAUACGGAUUUCCACAUUUUAUUGCUCAUGCUCAUGUGUACAGAAAUACAUAAAUAAAAUGACAGGAAUAAGCAAAGUAAUAGCCAGAGGAAAAUAAAGUCGGAAAAUUGCCGCGAAAUUGUGUGGAAAGGUAAAAAGGAAAACAACGAUUAUUAAAUAUUAAUAUAUAUGUAAUAAAAAAAAAACAACAAAAAAACAUUAAUAACGCGAUUUUGCGUGCUUUCGCAUAUCAAAGUAGGCGAAGAAAAGUAGCAAGGAUGUGAAAACUAAGAAAUUCUAACGGAAACGGACAGUUACGUAUAUAAUUGUGUAUGAAAAUUAGGCCGCUGUGUGUGAUACAUACAUAUGCACAUAUAAAAUCGCCAUGAAUUAAUCACCUAUCACGAUAACAACAAACACAGAAUCAAGCAACAAGAAGGUGAAGCAGCAGAAACAGCAUAGCAGCAGGAACGGUAACGGUAACGGCAAAACCAACACCCAAACAAUAGCAGCAACACGGGCAGAGAAGUAGGGAAACCGCAAACGAUAAGCGAAUUACACAUUGGUAUUAGCGCAAUUUGCAUAUAUUUCUACUCGGCCAACCCCCACACGCCCCACUCCACUUGUUUUUUUUUUCCUCCAUGUCAAUGCAACCUGCCGCUGGUUGGGUGCUCAGUGGUGUAGCAGGCAGAAAUAGUAAGCAACCGCAUACUCAGCAUAGAGAACAGCAGUAACUACUCAAACCACACGACAAUCCCUGAUUACGGUUACGAAGUGGCGCCGUUACAAAAUACUAUCAACUAUACCAUAAAAAAAAUCCUAUAAAAGUGCUAUCAGGAAGCAACGUGUGCCACAACGGAUGCACUAAAGCGACAGGGUUGGGUUAGAGCAAUGCCAAAGCCGUUGCCUGUAUGCGACGCUAACUAAUGACAGCAGCGCCCAACACUCCAAAACCGUCUGAUACACGAACCGGGCAUACCACCAUUGCAUUCAUUUGUGGUGCAAGCGCGUUGACCACCACUUGUCGCGCAACCAAAACAAAAUAACAACGGAAAGCAUUGAGUUCAGUGCAAGUCGUGUGUGUUUGUGUGUGUAAAUAACACUUAACUGGCAUACGAAUAUACACAUAAGUAGUGACAGCUAGGCUGACGUAGUGCACAUCGAGCAGAUACAGGUGUUCCCAUUAACGCUUUGCAACCUUUGGGUAAUAUAAGUUUAAUCGGCCAUCUAAUGUAAUACUAGCAUACAUCUAUUACAAUACACACAUACAUUCACAUUCUAUGCAAAACAACAAUACGUAUGACCUAUUAAUGCAAAAAACAAAACCAAAAAAAAACAGCCUAUUAAUCAAUGCAUCUGUGUACGCUGUAAAUUAGAAACUACAUAUAGCAUAAUUUGAUGACUAAAACAGAAAGUUAUAGGCAACAACAAUAAUAAUAGUAGCUAAAUAUUAAAUCCUUAGAAAACAAAGUCCAACGCAAAAACACACAAGCAACAGAGCCAAAACUCACAACACAUCAAUCCACUAGCUAAUACAGCAGCCAACAGCUAGCCGCCAACUCAACCGUCGACGUCGCCGGCGAGUAAUACAAUCAGAGCGCCAACAACAAGAGGGGCGGACAUCAACUAGGUAACUAGGCAAGUCGAUAGAACUCGACAGCCUAUCAAACUUAGCUAGCAAACAACCGACGGGCUGAGGGAACGACACAAUCAUUCAGCUCCAAACCCGGUGACGUACUCUUAUGAAAAUGAAUGCCAGUCUCAUUUACGAAAUCCUCAUGUAUUUGAAUUCGUUUUACUUUGGUAUGUACGCCACAUUUGAGAUUGGUGUCGGUGUCCUCAAGGCAAUCGGAUUGAAUUAUACUUCGAAUGAGUUGACGCGUGAGGGGUGCAUACUACUCGCAUUGUGCAUCGUCGAAACAAUACGAAUUGUAUUAGGUCGGAAGAGCAGUUUAAGCGAUCGUGGUUGGCAAGCAACAGCAUCCGUAAUAUUAACACUGCCCAGUCUUGCUCUUGUUAUCUACUUAUGUUGUUUUCAAACCUACGUUCUCAAACUCGAAAUUAUUCUGAGUGCCUUAAUGAUAGCCCUCCAAGGUGCUGAACUAGUGUAUGCCGGUGUCUUCAUUUGCACCAUGUUUGGUGACGUUACGUAUACCUAGCAGUCGAUAAGAAUUUAUGUAAAACUGAUACAGUUCAAUUUGAAUGAAUUUCACGUCUGAUGUUACUCAAUGAACUCAUAACGAUGUUGAUGCCAAAGGUGCCAAUGAUCUUAAUCUCGCUACCGAUGACACUGAAACGGAAGUCAACACGAAAACGUAAACGAAGACGUACUCGUACACCAAAACCGAUAACGAUAAUGAUAAGGAAAGUGAAAUUUAAGGCAACUAUUAGAGGAAAAUCCACACGAAAUCUAGCAAGAUGACAUUGAUUCUAAUAGAAACAACAAAUAUAGUAAUGAACGUGUUAAUGAUUUCUUUUAUACAAAUACAACUAGUCCAAAAUAUUAUAACAGAAGGAGAAAUGAGCGAAGCCGACGUACCAACCGAACCGUAGGACAGCGUUUCAAGAUGAAAAAGGGGAACGGAGGAUGACAAACCGAUGACGGCAAUACAUAGUACUUAUAGCGGUAGAUGCAUAUACUUAUAUAUAAGUAUAUAUGAGUAGAACGCAAAUAGCCACCCAAAACCUAUCCAAUGUGCGAAGAACAAAAUUUAGCAUAAUUUUUUAAACUUUUAAUUGGUGAAUUCUAAGCGAAAAAAAAGAAAAUAAUAAUAAUAAUAAUAAUAUGUUGGCACAAUAGAUAGCUAUAAUACAAAGGACGAGAUAAUGAAGAAUGUGCAGAAUAUUAUUGUACAUACAUACAAA